AUGGCUUGUAAUGAUGCUAAUGAAUCAUUGCUUUCAGAGUUUAGAGAUCAUCAUAAGGAGACGAAUGACCUCCAAAGAAGAAGACAACAACGUGGUAGUACUGCUUCUUUAGCUGAGACCAAUCGCCCUGAAGAAAAUGGAGUUGAAUUUCCUUUACAUCCUGAAUCCAUACCUGUGAAACCACAAUUUAAUUUCAAGCAAGUGUUCAUGUGGUUGGGUGCUUACCUAGGUGGAGGCACCAUUUGUUUCUUCCUCAUCAGGCAUCAGAUCAAGGGUCAAAAAACAAAUGGAAUUCUUGAUUCCAUUUACUUUUGUGUUGUUACAAUGACUACUGUUGGAUAUGGGGACCUUGUGCCAAAUAGCAUGCUGGCAAAACUACUUGCAACUAUUUAUGUCUUCACAGGCAUGGUUCUUGUGGGGCUGAUUCUUAGUCAGGCUGCAGAUUAUAUAGUAGAAAAACAGGAAAUCCUUCUAGCUAGAACCAUUUACAUGCGCAAAAAGGGUCCAACUGAGAUUCUUAAGGAGGUUGAAACUCACAAAGUUAAAUAUAAGUUUAUCAUGGCUGGGAUCCUUCUUUUUGUUCUUAUAAUAGUUGGAACUCUCUUCUUAUUUGUAGUUGAAGAAUUCAAUUUUAUGGAUGCAUUCUAUUGUGUCUGUUCAACCAUCACCACUCUGGGUUAUGGGGAUGAGAGCUUCUCAACUAAACGGGGUCGUAUUUUUGCUAUUUUCUGGAUAUUGAGCAGUACCAUUUGCUUAGCUCAGUUCUUUCUCUACCUUGCUGAACUAUACACUGAAAGAAGGCAAAGCUCAUUCGUGAAAUGGGUUCUUAAACGAAAUUUGACACCCUCGGAUCUUGAGGCAGCAGAUCUUGAUCAUGAUAAGGCUGUUAGUGUUGCAGAAUUUGUCAUAUAUAAGCUUGAGGAAAUGGGGAAGAUUAGCCAUGAGGAUGUUUCAGUUGUGAUAGAGACAUUUAAGAGAUUUGAUGUUGAUCAAUCCGGAGCUUUGACAACAUCUGAUCUUAUGUCAUCUCAGUCAUCCUAAGUUCAGAUCUGACUAACACC